AUGGAUCUCAAUAUCUAUGUCGACAACCUCAUUUCAGGAUGCGACUCAACGGAGGAAGCACUUGAUUACUAUGCCGUGUCUAAUUCCAUUCUCAACAGAGCUGGUCUCAAUCUUCAAUCCUGGAGCUCAAACGAACAAGCCGUCAACGCUCGUGCUGCCGAGGAUGGUGUAGCCGAUCUUUCCACUAGCUCAAAAAUACUUGGUCUAACCUGGGAUCGUCCUACCGACUCACUAUCUCUUCCCGCGUUUCAACUGUCUAGCUUCAGUCACGCUACAACAACAAAGCGCGAUAUUCUCCGAGGCAUCUCUACAGUUUUCGAUCCCAUGGGUUUCUUCUCUCCGCUCACAAUCUCAGUAAAAAUCCUAAACCAAGAACUCUGGAGAGAGAAGUUCGACUGGGACGACCCACUUCCUCAAAAGUUUCGUGAGCGUUUUAGUAAAAUCCCUGCUGAUAUCGACGCUUAUCAUCCAGUCGUUCCCCGCUGCUAUCUUGGAUGUCGUAACGACCUGCAUGAUUUGCAUCUCUUCGUUGACGCAAGUCAGCACGCUUAUGGAGCUGUUGCUUAUUUUUGCAACAUAGAUCGUGCCGCAUUCGUCCUCUCCAAAUCACGAGUCGCCCCACUUUUGAUCGGUAAGAAGCCUCCUACUCUACCUCAACUGGAGCUUAUGGCAGCAUUGAUCGGGUCAACCCUUGCAAACACGAUCGUGAAAGCUUUUAAACCUCUUGGCCUUUCUCUCACCGUCACGAUUUGGUCAGAUAGCCAGAUUGUUCUUUAUUGGCUAGCACAGACAAAUCGCAACAGGUGCCAAUUCGUUGCAAACCGUGUUGAUACCAUUCAAAAGUUAUCUAAGAAUCUUCAAGCUACAUGGCAUUACUGCCCGACCAAGUCCAAUCCGGCUGAUCUACUCACAAGAAGUAUUUCGCUUCGUCAGUUCCAACAAUCAUCCAGUUUGUGGACCCAUGGUCCUUCUUGGCUCUCUUCACCCAAAGACUGGCCUUCGUGGGAAACUGCAAAGCUAAACACAACCGUUCUCCAUUUGACAGAGUCUCAUCUGUCCCCACUCGUCAGUCUUCCAGUUAUUUCAUCUACUACAAUUAACCUAUUCGAGGUCAUGAAUGUUUCACGCUACAGUUGGAUUUCUCUUGUUCGUGUGACAUCUCAGAUUUUUCGCUUCAAGAGUUACGUUCUACCCAAUCGUCAUCCUCAUCAAGUUUCUGUAUUUCUCACAAUUUUCGAACUUAAAAGUGCAGAGCUAAUGUGGAUCAGAGCCUUCCAACAACGCUUUCUACAGGACGAGUACAAAUAUCUCCGUUCCCGUUCAGGUGCUCGACCAGCUCUUGUGUCGCAACAUGAUCUUUUUAUCAACGAUGACGAUAUCAUCUGCUGCAAGGGCCGUCUUCAACACGCAAAUAUCAGGUCAAGUGCAAAGCACCCAUUUUUGCUUCCAAAACUCUGCGAUUUGACUACGAUGAUAGUUCUUUAUCAUCACCAACGGAUGCUCCAUUGCGGCAUUGACGCCACCUGUUCUAGUCUCCGUCAGCGGUAUUGGAUCCCAUCCAUCAAGCAGCGUGUACGAUCCAUCCUACGCAGCUGUGUAACCUGUCGUCGAGUGAGCGGAAAACCCUACAGAGCUCCAGAUCAUGCCCCGCUACCAGCCUUCCGCGUUAGCGAUGCACCUCCUUUCACAGUAGUUGGAGUCGAUUUCACCGGCACCUACCCAAUUCGAGGUAUUUCUCUCGAGGACGACCCCAAAGCCUACAUAUGCUUAUUCACGUGUGCCAGCACACGUGCAAUUCAUCUGGAGUUGGUUGAAGAUCUUUCAGCUCAAAGCUUCCUAUUCGCUUUUAAACGAUUCGUGUCUCAUCAUUCUUUGCCUUCGAUGAUCAUCUCUGACAAUGCGACGAACUUCGAGUGUAGUGCUGAUUUCAUCACGCAGAUUUUCAAGAGCCCGGAAGUAGCCAGCAAUCUCACCAAUCAACAAGUUGAAUGGCGAUUCAUCCCGAAACGAGCACCUUGGUACGGAGGUUUUUGGGAGCGCCUGAUUGGAGUUACGAAAAUAGCCUUGGCAAAGAUGCUCGGUCGCACAAAACCAACCUUCGACGAGCUUCGAACCUUAGUCGCGGAAGCAGAAUUCGUCUUAAACGAUCGUCCAAUUGAGAAGUUGUCCGAUGACUCCCAGACUGAAGAGGCGCUUACACCAUCGCAUUUGAUGUAUGGAAGACCCUUCACUAGCCUACCAUUCGAUCAUACUGCUGCUGAGGAAAUUCUCAACGACCUAACGUUUGGUGAGAAGCCAUCGAUCCUAACUAAAGCUGCAGCCCGUUUAGAGAAGUUACUCUGUGCCUUUCGAAAACACUUCACUACAAACUACCUUACUGCCCUACGUGAAUAUCAUCAAGCUACACGCGGUAAUCACAAAGAAAUCGUCAAAAUUGGUGACGUUGUUCUUGUGCACAAUGAGUCUCCUCGUCAUAAAUGGAAGUUGGCGGUAAUUGAAAGUCUCAUCAAAAGCAAUGAUGGUCACGUCAGGGCAGCUGAUAUCCGGACAGCGUCCGGAAAAACCAACCACCCAAUUUCCAAGCUGUAUCCUUUGGAGGUUUCGGAAUUAACCGACGCAUCUGAUAUCCAGCAACACACCGAUCCUUCGCCGACACAGUUCCAGCCUGUCAAAACAUCCCGCCCAGUUCGUCAAGCAGCCAUAAAGGCGAAUCAACUGAUCGAGCAGAUGACGAUGGACGUCGAACCAGAUGAAGAUUGA